AUGCCAAUUACAGCAGACUAUAAUAACUCACGUCCAAUGAAAACAAUUGUCAUAGGAAGACGGCUGGAUUGUUUGUUUGGUGACGAACUGGAAUUUGGGCAUCUAUUAUUAAGAUUCGGAUUGGAUUGGAUGAACUGGGUGGAAUUCGUUGAAAGGGAGCAUCAAUCAAAUAAUCCUCGUGAUGGUGCCCCUAGACCUCCUAAUGCUUCACCACCUGGUCAACAGCCCCCACAUUUUGCUGGAAGCCGACUGCGCGCACCCCCAACAGGUUCUUUUCCCAGGGGGACUGUGCCUCCUAGUGGUGCCCCACAAACUACAUUGCCUCCAAACGUGGCAUCUAUGAUCACCGGCCCACCAUCUGUAUCUCAGCCUUCUCCCUCGUUCACUAUGAGAACUCCCCCUCCUGUGGCAUUGGCAUCUUCUACUGGUGGUCCUGUUGUUCGCCCACCACCUGGUGCAGUCCCAUUAACAGGACCAGGCGCAAGUCCUCAACCUUUUACUUCUGCCCCUCGGACAUCAGGUCCUCCAAUGCCACCUCAGAUGAACACUUCUGGCCCAGUUAAUAAUGGACCGAAUGCAUUCUCUUCAUGGCCAACGCAAGGUGGGCCACGUUUCCCUCCUGCCAUGGGUGGUACAUCACAACUGCCAGUUGGACCUCCGCAGUUGCCAACAUUGACGUCAUCUGUGCCAUCUGCUCAACCUCUACAAAUGCGUCCAAACUUUGGGAGUCCUCCUGCUGGUGCGUCACCUUUCACAGGACAACCUGCCCCACCCUUUUCAGCCCCACAACAAAACAUACCACCUCCUCCAGGUCCAUUGCCAUUUUCAGCACCAACUCAAAGCAUGCAUCGACCUUCAGGCUCUCCUUAUGGGAUGCAAUCAUGGCCACUACAGCCAGGGCAGGUGGCUCCACAACCUCCAGUCCCUGGUCCUAUGCAACAGCAAAGGAUGUAUGGAAUGCCACCAGCCCCACAACAACUUCCUAAUCAAUCUAUGUCUUUGAGUCAUACAGGACAGUCGAAAAUUGAUCCCAAUCAAAUACCUCGCCCGAUUAGAAGUUCCUCUGUGAUUAUACAUGAGACUCGUCAGGGAAAUCAGGCAAACCCUCCUCCGCCUGCAACAAGUGAUUAUAUCGUCAAAGAUACUGGGAAUUGCAGUCCUCGUCACAUGAGAUGUACUAUUAAUCAGAUUCCAUGCACCAUAGACGUUUUAUCAACAUCUUCAAUGCAGUUGGCCUUGUUGGUCCAGCCUUUAGCUCUUCCCCAUCCAUCUGAGGAGCCUAUCCAAGUUGUGGAUUUUGGGGAAAGUGGUCCUGUUCGAUGUUCUCGUUGUAAAGGUUACAUAAAUCCUUUCAUGAAGUUUAUUGAUCAAGGCAGGCGUUUCAUUUGUAAUUUGUGUGGAUUUACGGAUGAAACUCCACGUGACUAUCACUGCAACUUAGGUCCAGACGGUAGGCGUAGAGACGCUGAUGAAAGACCUGAGCUAUGCAGAGGAACUGUUGAAUUUGUUGCUACCAAGGAAUACAUGGUGCGAGAACCAAUGCCCGCUGUAUUUUUCUUCCUUGUUGAUGUAUCCAUGAAUGCCAUACAGACUGGUGCAACUGCAGCAGCUUGCAGUGCAAUCAACCAAGUUAUAGAUGAUCUUCCUGAGGGUCCUCGGACGAUGGUGGGUAUUGCUACAUUUGACUCAAGCAUCCAUUUUUACAACCUAAAACGUGCAUUACAACAGCCAUUGAUGCUUAUAGUCCCUGACGUACAAGAUGUCUAUACUCCUCUCCAAAGUGACGUUAUUGUUCAACUUUCUGAGUGUCGACAACAUUUAGAGCUUUUGCUGGAAAGCAUCCCAACUAUGUUUCAGAACAAUAGAACGACUGAUUCUGCUUUUGGCGCGGCAAUAAAGGCUGCUUUCUUGGCGAUGAAAAGUUCUGGCGGAAAACUCCUAGUUUUCCAAUCUGUCUUGUCGUCAAUUGGCAUUGGAUCCCUUUCUGCUAGAGAAGCUGAAGGAAGAAGCAAUAAAUCAGCAGGAGAGAAGGAGGCUCAGAAGUUACUCCAACCGGCAGAUAAAACUCUAAAAACAAUGGCAACUGAAUUUGCUGAAUACCAGGUAUGUGUUGACUUGUUCAUCACAACACAAACAUACGUAGAUAUCGCUUCCAUCUCCGUCAUCACAAAAACUACUGGAGGCCAGGUAUAUUAUUAUUACCCUUUCUCUGCUCUGUCGGAUCCUGCUAAGCUUUACAAUGAUCUUCGGUGGAACGUCACGAGGCCUCAAGGCUUUGAGGCAGUGAUGCGAGUUAGAUGCAGCCAGGGUAUUCAAGUUCAGGAAUACUUUGGGAACUUCUGUAAACGCAUUCCAACAGAUGUUGAUCUACCUGCCAUUGACUGCGACAAAACAAUAAUGGUAACCCUAAAACAUGAUGACAAAUUGCAGGAAGGCUCAGAAUGUGCUUUUCAGUGUGCUCUUCUCUACACCACUGUAUAUGGGCAAAGAAGAAUCCGGGUUUCAACUUUGUCCCUUCCUUGCACGACAAUGCUGAGUAAUCUGUUUCGCUCUGCAGAUUUAGAUACCCAAUUUGCUUGUGUCCUGAAGCAAGUGGCUGGUGAAAUUCCCUCAGCUCCACUUACGCAAGUCAGGGAGCAAGCAACAAAUGUUUGCAUCAACAUUCUGCACUCUUAUCGCAAAUUUUGCGCGACAGCAUCAUCUUCAGGACAACUCAUUCUUCCCGAAGCACUUAAACUGUUGCCUCUAUACACACUUGCUUUUCUCAAAAGCAGUGGAUUGCGAGCUGAUGGACGAGUCGAUGAUAGGUCCUUUUGGAUUAAUUAUGUUUCCCCUUUGUCUACUACUUUGGCAAUCCCAUUGGUGUACCCCAGGAUGAUAACCAUCCAUGAUCUUGAUGAGAAGGAAUUGGAUGAUUCCCCGAUUCCUCCUCCUGUCCCACUUUCCAGUGAGGACAUUUCUGACGAAGGAAUAUAUCUGCUUGAGAACGGCGAAGAUUGUUUAAUUUAUGUUGGUAACUCUGUCAAUCCGGAUAGUUUGCAUAAGUUGUUUGGCAUUUCUUCAAUUGAAGAAGUCCCUAAUCAGUAUGUACUGCAGCAAUAUGACAAUCCAUUGUCAAAGAAGCUGAAUGAUGUUGUAAAUGAGAUAAGGCGCCAGAGAUGUUCCUACCUACGCUUAAAAUUGUGCAGAAAAGGGGAUCCAUCAGGGAUGAUGUUUUUCUCUUACAUGGUAGAGGACAAGACUCCAAGUGGGCUUUCAUAUGUUGAAUUUCUAGUGCAUAUCCAUAGGCAGAUUCAAAGUAAAAUGUCUUGA